UAGAACUUAAUUUUAACCUCUAUAGGCAAAUAUAUUUUUAAACCCUAGUUUAGAAUGAUACUUAUUAAAGUUAAGGUAUGUGAUACGCGAACACGAACGCAGUGAACAAAUUAGCAACAAUGAUACAAAUGGGAACCAUCAACUGGUUGUUCGUGUGUGGUCUAGCAUUUUGCAUCGGUGGAAUUGUUGUAUUGAGUUUUAUGCCACUAGGGUCAGGUAAUGCUACAAAUAUACAAAAAAUAACAAUAAAUAUAUUGUCUUUUCUCUCCAAAGAUUGCAUUUGCCCAUUGAGCCGUGGGCGGGCCAAGCCGAAUACAGAGCUGCGUGAAGUGCCCGUUAGCGUACAAGAAGCAGCACCAAAGCCAGAACACAAGCUAGCUGUACUGGUACCGUUUCGAGAUCGUUUCGAAGAGUUACUUCAAUUCGUGCCACACCUGACAAAGUUCCUUAAACGCCAGGAUAUUGAACACAAAAUAUUUCUACUUAAUCAAGUCGAUCGAUAUCGCUUUAAUCGUGCCUCACUUAUUAAUGUCGGUUUUCGAUUUACGAGCAGUGUUUAUGACUACAUUGCCAUGCACGAUGUAGACUUAUUGCCUUUGAAUGAAGCAUUAAUUUAUAAAUAUCCCUCCGCCGCGGGCCCACACCACAUUGCUGCACCUGAAUUACACCCGAAGUAUCACUAUGAAACAUUUGUCGGUGGAAUUUUACUGGUGCGUUGUGAACAUUUUGAACUGCUCAAUGGUAUGUCGAAUAAUUACUGGGGCUGGGGAUUGGAGGACGAUGAGUUUUAUGUCCGCAUCAGAGAUGCUGGUCUGAAAGUGACACGACCAGACAAUAUUAAUACUGGUGUCAACGACACAUUUAGGCAUAUACAUAAUCGUUAUCACCGUAAGCGAGACACUCAAAAAUGUUUUAACCAGAAGGAAGUGACUAGAAAGCGUGAUCGUGUAACCGGUCUCAAUACGCUUAAUUAUAAAAUAUUACAUGUUCAGGAACUCGCUGUCGAUGGCAUUUCCAUAACCGUUUUAAAUAUAUUGCUCGAAUGCGAUCUGAAAGAGACACCUUGGUGCGACUGUUCGGGUACCGCGGUAGCGGCUUCUGCGGUGUCAACAUAAUAUGCUUUAAAUCGACUAGCUGUGCUAUAGACUAGUAAUAAACAAGUAAUGUUUUUAUUUAUAUCUUUAAUUUAAUUACCUACUAUAAUUUUUUAGUGAAUAAAAAAGAAGUUACACGAUUUUACACUGCCUAAAA